CUGCUCCCAGCCGGUACCCGUAGGGACGGGCGUGCGGCGGGCGGUGGCGGUGGCGCUGGUGGCGUCGCUGCGCGGCUCGGUAGGACCGGCACGGACCUGCAGCGGCUCGCUGAGGCCGUGGGUCGUCGUUGCAGCUGCCACGACUCUUGGAACGAACUUGCCAGACAGAGAGGAGCGGAAGGGAAGGGAUGCAUGGGCAUGGAGGUUACGACUCGGAUUUUAGUGAUGAUGAGCAAGGUGGAGAAUCCAGCAAAAAGAAGAAGACAGUUGAAGAUGAGUUGCUGCUUACAAAACCAUUUCAGAAAGAAAACCAUGGGAAGGUCCACAAGCAAGUGGCCGCGGACCUGCUGGACAGGGAAGAAGCAAGAAAUAGAAGAUUUCAUCUCAUAGCUAUGGAUGCUUAUCAAAGACACACAAAGUUUGUAAAUGACUAUAUUUUGUACUAUGGUGGCAAAAGGGAGGACUUCAAGCGCUUAGGAGAGAAUGAUAAGACAGACCUGGAUGUUAUACGAGAAAACCAUAGAUUCCUAUGGAAUGAAGAAGAUGAAACAGAUAUGACUUGGGAGAAGAGACUUGCAAAGAAAUACUAUGAUAAAUUAUUCAAGGAAUACUGCAUAGCCGACCUUAGUAGAUACAAAGAAAAUAAGUUUGGAUUCAGGUGGAGAAUAGAGAAAGAAGUCAUUUCAGGAAAAGAUCAAACAUUCAGAGCAGUUCAAGAGCACUGUAGUUCCAGGGUAUCCAACCCUUCUCUGGCCUCUCCCAGCAGUAGGAGUGCCUGGAGUGCACACAUACAAAUGGCAGGGAUGUUUUCUGUAGAAGAGAAGGAAAAACAAUUCAGCAGCUCAGUCAGUUUUUUUUGUGGAAAUAAACGUUGUGAUGAGAAAGAAGGCUUGAGGAGCUGGGAAGUUAACUUUGGGUAUAUUGAGCACGGUGAGAAGAGAAACGCACUUGUUAAAUUAAGAUUAUGCCAAGAAUGUUCCUUUAAAUUAAAUUUUCAUCACAGGAGAAAAGAAAUCAAGUCAAAAAAAAGGAAGACUAAGACCAAGAUUGAGUGUGAUGAUUCACCACGUAAGAAAUCCAGAUCAUCUUCUUCAGAGGCCUCCAAGGGGACGGAUGAAGGACAUUCAUCCUCAAAAAAGCCAGAAGAUUCUAGAAACAGAAACACUGAUGAGGACGACAGUACUUCAGAGUCAGAGCUCUGGAAGGGUCCCCUGCCAGAGACAGAUGGAAAGUCACAGGAAGAAGAAUUUGAUGAUUAUUUUCAGGACUUGUUUCUGUGAACUGGGAGAGAGCAUCAUUCCUUGGUGAGGAAGUGUACCGUGAAACUCCGUGAACUUGUCCGUGCUAUUGAGUCUGGACACCAGGACAGACUGUUUCAGACACUUCCUCCUUCGCUCAUGUAGCAUCUCAGUUGCUUUUCUACAAAUCUGUUUUGUCCAUAGCUCUCCAGUAUAUGAUACACUGUUUUAGGUGACAUUUGAACAUGAGUGAUUGGCAGUAAACUGUAAAUAAAUUAUUUCAUGUCUAAUAUUAAA